UUAGUCAUUCGUCGUCGGCCGACCGAGCGAGCAGCGCAUCACCCGAGCCUGUUUUUGUGCAACUGUGAAUAUGUGAAGCUCGAAAUGCGUCUAGCGUUUGUGACAUUACUAGGUUUGUUUGGAGUGUGCGUGACAUACGACAUGAUUGUUGGGGAUACUGUGCACCGCAAGAUGGUGUUCCACCAAAGGGUGAAGGAGUUUGCGAUACCGUUCAAGAAGAGGAUUCGGACUUUAUCGUAUACGGAUCCUGAGAAAAGGAUAAUCAAAGGUAUCGCAGCUAUAGACAACGAUUUCUCACAUGCCAGCGCCAAUAUUACGGAAGGCGGAGUAGGGAAGAACUUCGUCACAGUGAGAAUGAAGAGUCAAAGGCACCAUCCACUCAACUUCGAAGUUGAAAUAUAUGUGUAGGGAGUGGGUAACUUUUGUACGGAAAGACUAAAUUGCAUCCGAUGGAUUAGACAAACAAAAUGGUCUGCUGUUGGUGAAGGAUUCUUCUGUUAUUAAGUAUGUUAUCGGCUGAGCUGGGACAUUAAAAUAAAAUAAAGAUUUUGCUUCAGUAAAAAAAUAUGACUACCUACUCUAGUCUUUGCAUUAUUAUCUAGGUGUCGAAAACAUUUGAUAGGUUUCCAAAAAGGGCACAAUAGCCAAGUAAGCUGCCAAGUAAGCUGCCAAGUUAUUGCAGUGACAAUGAAUUGUUUUAAAACCUUGACGUACUAACGCUCGGUCGUAUGCUCGUAUGGGUUGAGGCCAUCAAAUUAAUAUAAAUGAAGUACUGCAUGAUAUUAACUGUUCUUGUAAAUAAUUCACAAUAUUAUUUAAUGUAGGUAAUUAUCUAACGUUGUAAUUGGAUUGUCCGUGAUUGCGUAAUUCAUUUUCAUAAUUGUAAAUAGAAAUGUUUAAUUAAGUUUCAAGCUAAAUAUAUGUGAUGUGUCAUAUAUAACAUUUUCUUAAAACACCUAAUUUAUCUAUUAUACAAUAAUUUUGAAGUCAUUAAUUUGCUUGUAACUAAUAAAUCAAUACGUAUUUUAAUGGCAGGUAAUUCCUUGUCCUAACCUAAGGUCAAUAGUCUGUAUUACACAGAUUUACUUUAGGUACAAACUACAUAGACGAAUAACGUUAAUUAAAUAACAAAUUUACUCGGACUAAUAUCAACAAACCAUUUGACUUUAGUUAGGACAUUACAUACUAUAAAGUCUAUAAUAAUAUAUAUAUAUAUAUAUAUGUACAUAUGCCUUCAUUUAAUUAUAGAGGUUACGGAUACAAUUAUUGUGUUCUACAGGUUCUACUAUAAAAACAAAAUUGACUUUCUGAAUUCCGUUUAAAGAUAUUCUAUAAGUUCAUUCCUGUUGGUAUCAAAGGACCGGGACGGGCCACAAUUAUUAAGGUUUAGCAUUUAAGUAUUCAUGACUCAAUUAAGAAGGUUUUGCUGUACUUUAAAGUCUAGAAACAAUAUAUAAAUACAUGUUAUAACGUCAUACCGACUAUUCUGUUAUCAGUAUCACAUAGGUAAGUAUCCAUGUAAACGUAAAACUCAAUGCGAAUGACGUAAGCUAAUCCAAAUAUGGUUUUAAAUAUACGGAUCUAUUAUUACAUAUUUAUGAUAUGAAUCUCUUAUUGUUAAGGUUAUGUUAGGUCGUUCAAUAUUACAAUAAGGCAUUGUACUCGGAAGUGAAUAAACAUUUAUUAUGAUA